AUGCGCCGGUCACAUCCGUGGAUCAAUAACUUCAAUGAAUGGCUCAUUAGUGCUUGUCGAUCCAACAUGGAUAUUAAAUUCAUUUGGAGUGGUAAUGAUGCUAAAGCUUUAGUGUACUAUAUAACUGAUUACGUAACAAAGUCGACUCUAGCGUUCCAUGAUAUGUUUGCCCUUGCGCAGCAAGGAGUCAAAUCUAUUGAACAACAACGAGUCACAAAUAACACUGAUAAUGCUGUUGAAAAAUCGCGUAAACUUGUGUUACGUUGCUACAAUAUGAUUGCUUCACAACAAGAAGUUUCAGGUGUUCAAAAUGCGAAUGGGUCUGAAGGUGAACAACUAUAUACAGAAGGAACAAAAAUAAACGAACGGCACACAUUUGAAAGUGCACAUCCACAAUCAUCAUCACAUAUCAUCAUUAAACACACCAAACCAGUUGUACCGGUUCUUAUUGGACCUCAAAUACCUCGUCAAGAACGUGAAGAAACACGCGAGCGUUAUAGUCGUGCAUUGUUAACUUUAUUCGUGCCAUGGAGAUCAGUCCAUGAUCUUUGUGCGCUCAAUCAGACAUGGACUGAGCCACUGGAAGUUCAAAAGCCAUUGAUCUCUCUCACCUCACUCAAGAUUAUACAAAAUAUACAACUUUUGCAUGAAUGUAAACACGAUCGAGAUGAACAUCUUAGUCAGGUUCUUAUGGAAGCACAGAGUGACAGCAGCAUUGAUCCUGUUCUCAUACCUAGCUACUAUGAAGAAGAUCAAAAUAUUGAAGAAGAUGAUCCUGAACAACUUUUGCAAAUGCUUUCCAUCGUAAAUGAGAGCACCACAAAUGCCUACUCUGAAUCAAUCGGUAACCAAGAGCAACGGUAUCUCAAUGAUGCAUUACAAGCAAUUAAUAACACAGAUCGAUUUGCAUUACUCAAUGGUGAGUGUAUUAGAGUUGUACUUCGAAAAUAUUUAAUUUUAUUUAGACCAGGGAAACGUAUGGAGCCAAAAUAG